AAAACAGAAGCCAACGAGCCAUCAAAGGUGCAACCUUUCCGUGCAUUAAAAAUUGGGGAGGAAAAGUUAAAAAAAGAAAAAUGGAAGCUUUGUUGUGCAGGAGAUUGGGUGAUCCAGCAUCCUCUGCCCCAGACGGCAAUAAUCCCGAAUCGUCGCCCAUCGUGGUGAGCAGAAACCAUCCGAUCCCAGAUCUGGACUCUCCAACAGCAGUGAGAGUCAAAGUGAAAGCCACCAGCUUGAACUACGCCAAUUACCUGCAGAUACUGGGCAAGUACCAGGAGAAGCCUCCCCUCCCUUUCAUCCCAGGCUCCGAUUAUGCUGGCACUGUCGAUGCCGUGGGCCCCGCCGUCACCAAGUUCAAGGUGGGGGACCGCGUCUGCUCCUUUGCCUCCUUAGGCUCCUACGCCACCUUCAUCGUCCAGGACCAAUCCCACCUGUUUGGAGUGCCGAAAGGGUGUGAUCUGGUGGCAGCUGCUGCACUCCCUGUUGCCUUUGGGACCUCACAUGUAGCCCUUGUUCACAGGGCUAACUUGACCUCUUCUCAGGUAUUGCUGGUUCUUGGUGCCGCUGGAGGCGUUGGCGUUGCUGCUGUUCAAAUUGGCAAGGUUUGCGGCGCAGUUGUCAUUGCUGUUGCUAGGGGGGCUGAAAAGGUGCAGUUUUUGAAGUCCUUGGGUGUUGAUCAUGUGGUAGACUUGAGUAAUCAGCAUGUAACCGCAAGUGUCAAGGAGUUCCUCAAGUCAAGGAACCUCAAAGGGGUUGACGUUCUCUAUGAUCCUGUUGGUGGCAAACUUACAAAGGAGACUAUGAAGCUCUUGAAUUGGGGUGCUCAAAUUCUUGUCAUUGGAUUUGCCAGUGGAGAAAUCCCUGUCAUCCCAGCUAAUAUCACUCUUGUUAAGAACUGGACUGUGCAUGGGCUCUACUGGGGUAGCUACAGAACACAUCGACCAGCUGUGCUUGAGGAUUCCAUCCGGGAGUUACUCUCCUGGGUGGAAAGGGGCUUGAUCACCAUUCACAUUUCUCAUAUUUACAGCCUAUCAGAGGCCAACCGUGCAUUCUCCGCAAUUAAAGAUAGAAAAGCAAUUGGGAAAGUGAUGAUUGCAUUUGAUGAUCUGGGAAGUGCAAGAUCAAAGCUUUAAGUGAUUAGGAUUUAGCUGAAGCAGAAGAAUGUUGUCCAUUCUCAAGCUCAAAAAUCAGAAUCCUUUCUUGUUCCAGACACACAAGUAUGCAAUUGAUUUCCAAAUAAUACAAAAAAUGAAAAAAAAUAGAGAAGGUAGUAAAUUUCCAAGCUUGGCUGUAUUAAGUGUUCAAAACUGAAUGCAUCUAUUGUAUCAUAACAGUUCAAUGAGCAGAUGCUCUUAGGAGGGUGAUAAUGAAUGGCAUUUCUUUGUGUA